AUGAUUACAGAUACGACACUUACAGUCUUGUGCAAUUCAUUAGGAGGAGUUGAUAAUUCCAACAAUUCUAAAUCUAAAGACAAAAAUGUUUCAGAGCCUAUCAAAGAAAAUAAAACUCCCGAAACUUCCAAGGAAAAGAAACUUUCAGAACCUUCCAAAGAAAAGAAACGGUCUGAACCUUCCAAAGAAAAGAAACGUUCUUGA